UCGUGUUAACCAUUUUGCAUUUCACUUAGAUGUCACUUCCGUACAGUACAAUGGCGAGAUUAAGUAGGAAAUGAACAAGGGACGACCACCUCACUGUUCCUUAGGUGAUGGGGGCCGAUAGCGGUCCUUGUGCUCCCCCGGCGGUCCCCUGGCGCAAAGUGCUGUACGAGCGCCAGCCUUACCCGGACAACUAUGUAGAUCCCCGCUUCCUGGAGGAUCUAAAGCGAAAUGUCGGAGUUCGUCAGUACCGCUAUUGGAAUGUGGUGCGUGAAGCUGGUCUGGUGUCUCAGCAGGUGUCCUGCGUAUCCCUCUUUGUUUCGCUAUGGUCCUACAUGGAACAAGGAGACCUAUCUCCUUCUACUCUACUGUGGGCAGGACUGCUGAGUUCCCUGGUGGGAUAUGUACUAUAUAAGGUGCUGGGUGACAGCAGCACUGGUGGCAGAACAUCAUGGACCGAUCUCCAGAGUGCUGCCAUCUUUUUGGCUUUCACGUUUGGCUUCUCCCCUGUGCUGAAAACUCUCACUGAAUCGGUUAGCACAGACACAGUCUACGCCAUGUCUGCGAUGAUGCUCUUGGCUCACCUGGUGUCCUUCCCUUACGCGCAGCCAAGUCCCCCGGGCAGCCUAUCUCUGAAUGUAGCCCUUUUUGCCUCCGUUUGUCUGGCAUCGCGUUUACCAGGGGCGCUCCACACAUUUGCCAUGCUAACUUGCGCCCUGCUGGUCUUUGCUUUGUGGCCUUGCCUACUGCACCGGCUGAAGGAACAGGCCCCUUGGAGUUUCCCUUGGAUAGCUGGCCUAGUGUCAUUUUGUGGAGUUGCGGGCUUGGCCUCCCUGUGGCCUACAGGGGCUCUGUUGCUUUUCUUUGCCCUCCUAACACUCACCUUGAUCUGCCCACUGCUGCUUGUACGCCUACAAAGGCACAAGGACAAUAUCCACGGGCCCUGGGAUGAGGCGGAGAUACGGGAAGACCUCUCACAUUUUUUGAGCUGAGACGGGCAGUGCAGAGCUGCCACCAGUCUAAAUGUAACGUUAUGCACACUUAAGGGCUUAUGGUAAUUCACUAAAACGAUGCUCACUAAAUUGUCCCCUUUUAAAACAUCCAGAUUAAUCUGUUUUAAAUGGGAAUGGAGUGUUGUUGCACUGAUGCCAUCUCAAUUCUCAGGAAUAAGCACAAGAACAUGACCAAGAAAGAGACUUUUAUCCUUCCAUUUGACCUAUAGCGUUCUGGUCAGACUAUGGUCAUGAGUAAAUGUUUUAUGGUAAAGUUAUAUCAGUAUUCAUCAUGAAAAUACCUUGGUUUUUAACAUGGUAAUAUAAAAAAAAAUUGACAUAAUAAAGAUAUUUUCUGUA